AUGGAAAGCCUAUGGAGCCACCUCUUCUUCUGUGUCCUGAAAGCUCUCCCAGAGAAACAACCAGUGCUCAUGGCCGACUCCCCAUCUUGGCCCUCCACCAACAGGGAAAAGGUGGCAGAGGUGCUUUUCGAGAGUUUCAGGGUGCCAGCCCUGCACAUGCCUAAUGCCAGGUUCCUCUGUGCCUACAGCAGAGUCACUGGUCUGGCCGUGGAGGCUGGGGCAGGAGUGUCCCAUGCCACCUCUGUCUGCCUGCACCAGACCUGGAGGGAGGCCAUGUACCACCUCGGCACAGCUGGUGGCUUCCCCUCCAGCUACUUGCACAGCCUGCUGAUGGAGAGCCCCAACGACCCCUCAGUGCUGAAGGCCAUGAAGGAGACAGUGAUCCAGCUGAAGAAGCAAUGCUGCAAUGUCUCCAUGGACUAUGAAGGAGACCUCCACGACCAAGGUUACCAUCAUCCAGCCAGAUUUCAGGCCCUCAAUGGGCAUUGGAUAACCCUGGAAAAAGAGUGGUUCUGCUGCCUAGAGCCACACUUCCAACCAGAGCUACUCCACUGAAGUGCCCAAGGGCUCCAGCACUUGGCCUUUCAGAGCCUCCAGAAGGUACCCAACCAUGCCAGGAGGGACACGGUGGGUAACAUCAUGCUGUCAGGGGGCUCCUUGAUAUUUCCUGGCUUUCCUGAAAGGAUGCAAUUAGAGUUGAACACCCUGUUCCACAGCACAGGCUGCCAUUCAGGUCCUGGCGAGCUCGGAGAGGGGCACAGCAGCCUGGUUGGGAGCUCAAUGACACCCUCGCUCACGUCCUUCCAGCAUGUGCAAAUGGCAAAGGGCAAGUACCAGGAGCAUAGUGCCAAGUACGUGCAUAAGAUAUUCCAGUAG